ACCCAGUGAAGACAGGAGGAGGAACACAAGAAGGGUGGAAACAAGAAGAAAGUAGGUAGAUAGAUAGAUAGAUAGAUAGAUAGAUAGAUAGAUAGAUAGAUAGAUAGAUAGAGACUUCCUUUCAUCAGUGGGGAAGGAGGGAUGCGUCAUGAAGUCGCAGCAGAAAUGCAUCGUGAUCUUUGCCCUGCUGUGUUGCUUCGCCGUGCUGGUGGCUUUGAUCUUCUCCGCCGUGGACAUUUGGGGCGAGGACGAGGACGGAAUCACGGAGGACAACUGCAGCAGGGACUGCAGAGUUGUUCUGGUGGAGAACAUCCCGGAGGACGUCACCUUCCCAAACAACACCGUGUCACACCUGCCGCUCUCGGCGGGGCUCUUCAACUUACUGGAUCAAGCCGUCCGCGUUGUGGAGAUCGUGUCACCGCUGUGGCUCCUCAACUCCUCCGAAUACGAGUCCAGCUUCCAGCCUGCUGCCAGACAGGGCAGACUUCUGCUGUCCCGGCUGCUGGCGCUCAAGGCUAGGAAAGUGCAGCUGAAGAUCUCCAGCGGGAUCACAGAAUCGACAGAGCUGAAGAUACUUGCCAAAGCAGGUGCCGAGGUUCACUUUGUGAACACCACAGUGCUGACCAAGGGUCACCUCCACUCAUCCUUCUGGGUGGUCGACAAGAGACAUUUCUACCUUGGCAGCGGCAGCAUGGAGUGGAGAUCCCUGGCGACUAGGAAGGAGCUGGGCGUGCUGGUGUACAACUGCAGCUGUCUGGCUUUAGACCUCCACAGGGUGUUCAACAUCUACUGGGGGCUCCAGUCCAAAGAAUUCAUCCCCUCUUUCUGGUCCAAGCGCCUAUAUGCCCUCUUCAACAAGGACUCCCCUCUGAAGCUCAACUUCAACAGCACGGAGGCCCAGGCAUACGUCUCUACCUCCCCUGAUGUCUUCAUUCCUAAAGAUCGGAGCAGUGACCUGGAAGCCAUUUCCCGAGUCAUUAAAGAUGCCCGUUACUUCAUAUACAUCUCCAUCACAGACUACCUGCCCCUCCUCAACACCAGCACUUACAGGUACUGGUCUCGCAUUGACGGCUUUAUUCGGGAGGCUCUGAUCCUCAGAAGGGUCAGAGUUCGUCUGCUGAUAAGUUGCUGGGAAAACACUCAUCCUCUGACAUUCAACUUUGUGUGGUCUCUGAGGAGUUUGUGCAUGGAGCAGGCCAAUUGCUCCCUGGAAGCUAAGUUUUUCAACCCCAGGAUACAGAGAGAUGGCAGUCUCCAAGGGAUUAACCACAACAGGUUCAUGGUGACGGACAGAGCAGUUUAUUUAGGUAAUUUGGACUGGGUGGGGAACGAGUUUACCUACAAUGCCGGUGUAGGCCUGGUCAUCAAUCAACCCAAGGGCAUGGAGGAGAAGAACUCUACGGUGGUGGAGCAGUUCCGUGCUGCCUUCGAGAGAGACUGGUUUUCCAGUUACACCCGCUCCCUUCAGGCCAACAAGAUCCCAGUGUGUAACAAACGACAGAUGAACAGGAUGGUGACUGUCAAAGGUAGCCAGGUGGAUAACGGACCAGCACCACUGAGGAACGAGCCUAAAGAUGAUGGACAGCAUGGCACAGCAAAGAGUGAGACUGAUAUACCGGAGUCAGGGGAAGAUACUUUUCAGCCGAAAAUCCACCUUUUUGAACAGAAACAGGCACAAAUCAAAAAUAUUGUGUGGAAGGACACCAUAGAAGCCAACAGUCUGUCUUCUGAGAGCAGCGGCAGCAGUGAGAUCCUCCAUGGUCCCCUGUGACCAAACUUCAAGUAUGCUGUUGGAAAAAACACUUCCUGGGUCUUUGUAGCAUUUUGUUAUCUGCCUUUUGGAGUUAACUAAAGUAGCUUUCAGUUUCGUGGACAAAGAAACUCAGGAAAGUAUGCUUCCCUCUGAUGCUACUCAUGGACUACGUAUUGGACUUUCACACCACAAGAAUAAAGUCCAAAUCACAAAUCACAUCACCUCAUAGCACUUACAAGCAUCCAAUUAGAUUGUGCUGAUGUCAUUAGCCACCAGGGGGCAUAAUUGCAUGGUAUCUGGGGAUUGCUAUGAUAGACUCAAUUUUCUGUGUUUUUCUCUGCAUUCGCACACAAUUUCUAAGCGACGUCAAAUUGCUGGUUUAUAAUAAUAUCACAUGGCUUUGACACGUACAAGCAGGGAAGACAUUUGCAUGCUUUUGCAAAGAAAAGAGCCAUUGCAAGAUGUUUAAGCAGCCAUGAAGUAUACUCUCAAAUGACUUUACAGUCGUUAAGAGUUUUUUCUGACAUUUACACCUAUUUUACUAACUGUAUCGUCGCUGGACACAAAUUGACUGAUGUUAAAUCUACCCUUUAAAAUCAAAUGUAUCAGGGGCCACACUCUUUUUUUUUAAAUGUACUUCAUCAAAUCAGUGCAUCGUUGUGCUCUAAAUUUGUCCCUUUAGUACAUUCUUAAACCAUCAAAAUCUAAAAUCAUGUUUUUAGUACAUUAUAAGCAGCACUAAGCAGCCUAAAACACUCUUUACAGUGGCCAUACAGUAAACUGCUAUUAUUAUUAUGGUUAUGGUAUUAGUUUAUUUGGAACGUGCAUACUGUUACAAUAUUCUAUUAUUCCAAGGGUUCUUACAGACAAACAUUGCAGUCUCUGGGACCGUAAUUUGAAUUGAUUGGACAGUAUGUGCAUUUUUCCGAGAACCAAUGUGACUCUUGUCACUAUUGAUCAGUCUCUGGCACGUGACAGUCCUUUAACGCUGUUCUCCUCAUACGUUUGACACAUGGACCUGGAGUUACAAGCAGACAAUUUAGUCUGGACUAAAAUAUUUCAGUCCUUUUGAAAGACUACCAUUAUGUAAUGUUCAUUUUUAAACCUCCAACAAUAUUCAUCUAUGCACCUUUGCAGAAAAAAAAAUACAUUGUAAUGCCUUUCUUGCUAAUAUGCAAGAGGGUGGGAACAUUCAGUAUUAUUUUGCCUACACCCUUUCAGAAUCGGAUAUAUGAUUAGAUCACUAGUAACCUUUUACUGGUAUUUUCAGGAAAAUUAUGUUAUUCAAAGAUGGGACUGGGCCACUGUGGAUAUCCAGCACUAUCUAGUGGUCGCUGCGCAAAAAGCAGAAGGACAAUUCUUCAAAACAGCGUCAUAACAAUGGUAUAAAAUGAAAAUAGGAAUUUACAUCACUGGCAAAUUCCCACCCAUAAAUGUUGAUUGCUGCUGGCACAGUAUGAUUGUAUUAGUAGUAUGUCACAAUAAUUACUGUUUACUCACUGAGUCAGCACACUGGUACACACAGCUGGUCUGUUUUCCAGUCACAGUCACUGGAAUCGUCAAUGUAACUCCUAUGGAAUCAGAUACAAUCUUUAAAGUGCCACAUAAGCAAAUAAACAGAAAAAAAUACACUAUAUAGGCACAAUAAGUGUUUUUACUUAGUUGAAUCAGAAAGAAAACCUUUUAUUAACACUUUUUAACCAGCUCCACAGUGACUGUUAAAGCUUUUUGAUUAAACGUUGCCUACCUUUAUGCUGUUUUUGGCAUGUCUGCUGUCUUGCAUGCCCUGCCUUCGCUUGUGUACUGUAGAUAUGAGCCUCUCUAGUCUUAACACUAAACUAUAUAAACAUUUAAAACAGAGGAGAAGUAAUGCCUAUUUGUUUUAAUAACAUUUGUUAAUGCCCACUGUUAGAUUAUC